AGAUUACGAUUACCACAAACGCAGCAUUAUUAGUAGCACACAGUCGCUGCCGCAUUGUAUUCGUCGAAAACCCAACCGUCGCAUAAUUUCAGAAACAAUGAAUGUGCAACAUGAAAUAGACUUGCUGGUGCAGGAGAUUGAGCGACUUGGCAGCAAAAAUGCUGAAGGUCAAACGUGCGUUAAGUUUGGAGUCCUGUUUCAAGACGACCGCUGUGCCAACAUCUUUGAGGCGUUGGUGGGCACCCUGAGGGCCGCCAAGAAAAGGAAGGUUGUCAACUUCCAGAACGAGAUACUUCUUCAGGGUGUUCAUGACAAUGUCGACAUCGUUCUGCUGAAAGAAUAAGUCUGCACUUGCCCAUAGCAGCUGCAGGUGGCGCUUCUGCCUCUACAGCUGCCUCAAUGAACAAGAUUAGAAACAGCUGGAGCUGGCAUAUUUUUUCUAUUCACAAUUAAUGUCAAUUCCAUGCCAAACAAAGCAAGUUUGUAUUUGAGAAGAGUCUUAGAGUUUCAAGGGCUUUUUAACAUCCGCCAACGGCACGGCCCUCAAACAAAGCACACUGACAAGUCAGGUGUUUCAUUAAAUCUAUGUAUCUGUUUGAAUAUUUGGAUUAUGUUUGUUAAAAAUGACGUAACAGCAGGAAAAAAUAUAUUUCUGAAGAAAAUAAAAUCAAGUUUUUACUAGAAGUGAAUUAAUCGUGCUAACAACUCUACUGUUAGCGAACAUGCUAACCCACGUGCAACCUUUUAUAUAUCAGCUGGUGCCACGUUUGCGAGCAAAACUGUGUUCGUCUGAAAUUUACUUAAACAUUUCUUGAAAACCAAAUUCUCAGGUUGAAUUUGAACAAUAUCGUGAAAAAUAAGAACAGUACUUACAGCUAUUGUGACAGCUUAUUGCUGACUCACCAGUCCCAGUUUGUAUGUCAUACAGACUUUUUCACUUCUGAAAUUACAGCAAAAUGUUCUCGACAAAAUCGCUUUUUUUUCUUUUCUUUUUUUAGAGGUACGCAAGGUUAGAUCUGGAUUCAUGUCACUAAGCAGAGUUUAUUAACCAACUACCUUACGGUUUGCAUGAGUCCAUUGAACUACCUCGCAACUUUUCUAUUAGGAUGUGAACAUUUGCAACUUUUUGCAUUCUUUUUUUAUCCCAUCUUUUUUAUACACAUGUUUUUUUCUUGCCAAGCAAACUCUGAAACCUGUCUUUGUAAUACCUUCGGACAGACUUUAUAUGGGACAUGGUUUGUACAGUGCAAUUUUUUGGUAAAGUGAGGGUAUAAUUAGAAAGGGGAGCGGUGCCAAAUGUUUGUACUUCUUCUCAGGACCAAAUCAACCAAAUACACUUGACAAAUGAAUGGUGAAUUAGUUAAUUUACCACAGUUUAUUUUGUACUGUACGUCUAACGGCACUUGCAGGUCAGGCACGAUUGUUUUGCUAAGAUACCGCAUCAAGAAAACAUGGGUGGGAGAUAAAUCACUGGGGAUGCCAGGCCUGUAAGUUCAGUGAGACGCAUUCACAUCACUGUUGUCAUGUCAGCCCAGGUGGAUCUAUUUUUUUCCUUUUGAUUAUUCUUAAAACAGCAUCCGCCCAACAGUUGUUGUACUUGUGCAGUUUGAACUGUUACACUGUAUUGUGAAUGGACUGUAUUGUAAUAACAAACAAGUGUGGAUGAUCGGAGAUGUCCGUUGUCACUUGAUAAUUAAUGUUUGUCAGUGGAAAUAAUUGUCGAAGCACUGAAAACAAAGUCACCAUUGAGAAUUAUGCUUCUUGUGCCUGCUGCUGACACCCUAUUUGGCGCUAUCACUUUUGGACACACUUGCGUUUUGCUCCUUUCUUACAAGAAAUGUACACGACAUGUUGAUAUUUAGCAAGAACUGGAGGACGUUCUUGCCAGAGCAGCACCAAUACCUCACGCUGUUUACACUUUAGUGUCAUGUCUGUGAACUGGUGUACAACACCUGCAUUUAGUUUGUGUUAUUACUGUUUUCUGUAUUGGCAAUAACACAUGUCACAUUCCAAUAAAUACAAUCUUCACACUUGACUCUUGCUUUUU